GAGUUUCCCCGGUGACAGUUGAAUUGACAGUUUGUGUGUUUGUGGAGUUCAUCAAAGUUGGCGCCCAUCCACGUGCAGCCAUCGCCAUUUCGUGCCGACGCAAAGAAUGUGCUAUUAGUGCCAGCGGACCCCAGCGACCCUAGUAUGAUGGUGGCGGACUUCGUGACACGACAGCAGAACGGUUCGCCGCUGAACGGCGAAAUACCCGGCCAGAAUCACCACGCCAACUCCAACAUGCCCGCCCACAGUGCCUUGCUGAUGAGUAACAACAGUAGCAACAGUAACAGCUCCGGCCGGGCCAGCCCGCACACCUCGUCCGAGUCGGAGUUCCCGCAGAACGGGUACGAGCUGGCGGCGCACCUGAAGCGCAAGGAGCUGUUCUCGCAGCGCAAGCAGCGCGAGUUCAUCCCGGACAACAAGAAGGACGACAGCUACUGGGACCGGCGGCGGCGCAAUAAUGAGGCGGCCAAACGGUCACGCGAGAAGCGCCGCUUCAACGACAUGGUGCUGGAGCAGCGUGUGGUCGAGCUGACGAAGGAGAACCACGUGCUGAAGGCGCAGCUGGACGCGAUCAAGAGCAAGUACAACAUCUGCGGCGAGAACCUGGUGAGCGUGGACCAGAUCAUGGCGACGCUACCGACCAACGAGCAGGUCCUGAGCUCUACGAAGCGCGUGAAGUUGUCGAACGGUGGCGCGGGUGGCCGAUCCACUAGCCCCGGUGGCCAGUCCGUUUCAAUGUUCCCGCUGUCGCGUAGUCCCUCCCGCCAACGGACCGCUUCGCCGACGCAGUCGGACCCGUCAGGACCGGCCGCAGCGACGGUGGAGGGCGGAUCCCCGCAUAUACAGCUGUCGCAACCCUCGCCAACGCCCUCGUCGCAACAGGCGCCAGUCAUCCACCCGAACCCGAACAUUGAGUCGCCUCCGCCCCAGGGCGGCGGUUUGGCGUCGCCUCCGGUCCACUCCUCGACCGGGGCGAUCCAGCAUACCGGCUCGUUGCCGGUGCACGCCAUCUACCGGUCCAUCGAGUAUGAGCGGGGCAACGGAGAGGUGGUCCACGGGAAGGUGUCUCCGCCACUGACCGGGCGCAGUCCUUCGCAGAUACGCCUGGAGCUGCUCGAGCGCAACCUGGACCUGGAUCACCAGCACCACCACCAUCACCUCCAUCAGCAUCAACAGCAGCUUGGACAGCACGGACAGCAGGGGCAGCAUCACUUGCAGCCCCACCAUCACCCGCUGCAUCAUCAGCUGCAACCGUCGCACCACCACCAUCAGCACCAGCACCAGUAUGGCCACCACCAACACCAGCGGGAAGUGAUCCGGGAGUCGGUGAUCGAUCAUCGUGGCGAGCACCACCACCCGGGCGCUCUUCAGCAUCAUCAACUGCAGCAACAGCAACAGCAGCCGCAGGCACAACAUAUCCAUCACUCCAACCACCACCACCGAGUGCUGGCGGCCAACGGUGGCCACGAGCUGGUGGUGGACGACCGUGACGAUCGCUCGCCAUCCCCUCCGGCCCCGUCGGUGGCCCGCUUCGGUUCCCCCACUACGACCACCACCACCACCGCGAGCCACGCCGGUUCUCCGCCGGCGGCUACGGCCGCUACCUCCAGCACGAGUCCUUCCGGAUCGGCCGGAUCUCCACCGGCGCACCUACCGCUGGCGGCCCACUCGCACCACUUCCCGUCGCAUCACCACCCACACCACCCGCACCACCUGCACCAUCCGUACGUGCUGGGUGCGACCUCACCGUACGCCAGCAGUUCCUCCACAUCGUCGCCGCCCGCUUCGGCUGCGGCCGUAGCUUCGCUCCCAGCCAGCUACACGACGGUGGCAGCGGCUGCCGCCGUCGCAGCGUACGCAGCCGGUGGCCUCUACGGUGGAUCGCCACCCCGGCAUCACCCGGCCGAUCUCCUGUCACCGAGUGUCGCCCUCACGCUGACGGCCAACGUGCUCAAUCUGAGCCGUCGGGCACCAUCCCCGUACGAGACGGCCGCCAGCGGUAGCGGAGCCAGCCCACCCCGCAGUGCAUCGUCCGGUGCCGAAGACGAACCGGACGUGGGGCGGGAUACCGGGCGGGAGCUGCACGAGCACGCCAACAGCCUGCCGGUGAAGCUGCGCCACAAGUCACACCUCGGCGACAAGGAUGCGGCCAGUGCGCUGCUGGCGCUGCAGAACAUCAAACAGGAACCGGUCGGAUCGCUGCGAUCGAGUUCGCCCUCGUGGGAUGACGGUGGCGACGGGGGAUGCUCGUCGGAUGAGCGUGACUCGGGCAUCUCGACGAACGAGUGGCCGACGAAGGCGGAACAGAAGAUGAUGCCGGCGUCGCCGCCGGCCGCAGCCGCCGGUUCCAGCAGUAGUAGUGCUGGCGGCGGAUCGGCGAUCGCUAGCACGGCGGCCAUGAUGGCCAAGAUCACGUCCAUCCCAGCAUCGGUCGUGAUCAGCAAGAAGACGGAGGAGAACAUUCACCUGCAGUCGAAGCUGGCGCGGCUCGAGUCGGAGGUGGCCACCAUCAAGAACAUGAUGAUCUCGAGCACGGCCGGCAGCGCGUUCGGUGUGACGGCGGCCGCCCAGUAGC